GUAUUACGUUACGCCAGAGAAACAAGAAACAGCGUGUUUUGUUUUGAGGACAGGAAAACACAUUCGCCACUCUUGAAGUUGUCGACUUGAUAAUUUUACAAAUAUAAUCUUUUGUAAAAACGCAAGAAACAUUCUAUCAGAGAAAAAAUGAAAGCGAAAGCCCAAAGUCGUCGUGUGACCAAAAUGGCUCGUCGGAAGGUCUCGUUGGCAAAACAACGAGCACGCGCUGAAGUCAUAAUAAAUGCUGAGAGAUGCUCCUAUAGCUCAGAUGAAUCUGAUACUUUAAACGAUGGAGAAGGAGUAGGGGGUGAGAGACGAGAUCAUCACAACGAGCUUGAGAGAAUAAGAAGAGAUCACCUGAAAGGCAGCUUUGACGGCCUGAUCGAAGUUUGUCCUGGCCUGAAGGGAAUGAACUCGCUGGCCUGUCGCGGUGAAGUCCUUAGGAAAUCAGCGAACUUCAUCGAAAAGUGGAGCAAAUAUUUUGACCCCAGCGAAGAAGGACAGACACUUUUCAAGGAAAAAUUCAAAUUCAUGAAUGAUUUUUGCGAAGAGAUGGAAAAUGUCGUAAGGACCGGCUCAGUGACCGAAACCUAUGAAAAAAUGAAAGAACACUUUGAGAACUAUAAGGCAGAGUAUGCUAUGUUUACACGAAAGUCUUUUGCUACCAAACUUUGCAAGGGACUGGAUGUGGCGACGAAAAAUCUUUCCCAUCAAUAUUCAGAGGAUGAGGGCGAGCAGAAUGAUGAUGGAGAUAUCGAUGUUGGUGAAGACGACUUUGGAGAUGAUGAAGACACCAACGAAAAUGAUGAAGACUCAAAUGAAGAGGAUAACGAAGAUGGAUAUUCUGAUACAGCGGAGGAGGGAGAGGAGGACGAGACAGAAGCAAAUCGAGAGGAUGAAGAUCAGGAUAUCAGUGAAGAGACAGAUGAAGGCGUAGAGUUGGCUGAUGACGAAAACCAAGAAUAUUCUACUGAUCAGCAGGAAUAUCAGGAAAACUACGAUGAUGACGAAGAUGAAGAAGUCAAUGUAGUUUGAUCUAAUUCAAUCGAACAACUCACUUGGGAUUGCAAACUUAAAAUCAAAUUCUAUCACAAAUUCAAAGCCAGUGUCCAAGACGGUGCGCAGUGCAUUCAAUGAUGACGCCACGAGUCUGGCUGUACCCCCCGCUACAGAAUUUUCGGUCUAGGCCUGGCACUGUGCAUGUUGUGAAAUAUUAAACCUUCCUUUUGAAUGAUUCGGCUAAUUCUAGUAAUAAACAAUUUAAAAUAGA